CGUCUCGCUUUAUUUUGUAAAUAUAUGAAACAUGAAUUUGUCAGAAAGAAUGUAUAUCUUAAAGAAUGUAUACUACUAUGAAGAAGUAAAGUUAAGUGCUAAGGAUUGUGUUAUCGUUUAGUAUAUAUCACGAAUCGAGUGUAAGAACACACUCUUUUUCAUCUUUGCGAGAGGUACAAGACCUACCUUCGCUACUACCUAAAAUAACAGCAUCGGAUCGUCGAAGACAACGAUAUGGCCGAAUUCGAAUGCGAUAGUUCCCACCUGGUGACAAAGAAAAAGAAAAAGCUUGGUAUGAAAUUCUUUUAUUCUGUAAAAUCUCCUAAAAGAAAGAAAAGAAUGCAGAAACCUCGACUUUCGCCAUGUAAAGCUUCAAAACAUUUUAAUGUGAAAAACAAUAAACGAUAUGCAAUUGAAGAAUCAUGUGUAUCAAAAUGCUGUGAACCGCCAUUGACUGGAACCCCAAAAAAUGCCAAAAUAAUAGACUUACGCAAGAAUAUUUAUGAUCUUUUCGAUCCUACAGCUCAAAACCACCCUCAUACAGAGGAUAUUUUGCCUCCUGAUUAUCUCGAACGAAAUCAGGAAGACAUUUCAUUACCCUUCCUUAAGGAAAAUGGACACUUUUCUCCCGUAUCUUAUGGUUUAAAUUACGUACUUAAAAUUAAUUCAGUAGAAAAUUUACAAGAUUCUAAAUUACGUAGGUCAACGAAGGCUUGCGUGUCAGCUCCAGUGUCACCUACUCAAGAACCAAAAAUGAAAGCAGCUUCUAGUCUCUGCUGUAGCAGUUUUACAUCUCAGAAUACUACAGGAAAAGCUGUCUCCUUACCUAAGACUAAAAACUCAAGGCGCAGUAAAGAAGAUCUCACUUUAUUACCCUCAUCCAUUAUGUCCAGGCUGAUUCAAAAUUGUGCAGACGUAAAGCCUGAAAUUCUAGAGUUAAAGAACAUAAAGAACAAGAAAUUUCCGUAUAAACCUGAUUUGUUAAAGCUUAAUUUACCUGAUUUGCAGGAAAAGAGCCGAGAAUUAUCAUGUAAUGAUGUAUUAUUUCGAGAAACAUUCUCUCCCCAUCGAAGAAAUUCCCUGGGAGAUGAGAUUUUAAGCCCAAGUAGUGGCUAUAGCUCUCUCAGUGACCUUGCUACACAUUCAAGAACCCAGUCUUCGCAAUUAAUUGGUAUUUCUAGUAAAAACAUUGCAGAGAAUUCUUCAACAAACCCUAUAAAGAUGUCUAGCUCUAUAAAAUCAUUUUGGAAAUCAGAUGUUCUAAGAGACUUCGGAAAACUUAAAGUUGAUUGUAAUAUAUCAGUUGUAGGUAAUAAACACUCAGAUUUUAGAAUGUUUCAGACUUUAGACCAAAAAACUCAAUUCAGAAAUACCACUAAAAUUAAAACCAAUGAUUUUUGCAGACUUGCAAAUAGCCCUUCUCACAGAAUAGCAACAACACAAACAAGUGAAGAAAGAAGUGACUCUUUAUUUCAUACAAAAGAGGAAAGUAGAAAUAUCUCUGAAGAUUCGUCAAAAGGAAUUAGUACAGAUAAAUCAGAAGAGUAUCCGGCAAAUAAAGAGUUAGAUAUAGAGUUUGAAACGGAGGAUUUUCUUUUCGAAUUAGAAAAUACAGAUUUAAUUAACGUAAGUGACAAUGAUUCAGCAUCAGACUGCAGUGAAUGCUUUUGCCAAUGUGACUGUUGUCAGGAGUCUAAUAUUUCAGAAAAUAACUGCAAUGACGUCAGUACAAAAUCUUUACAUGCAUCAGAUGACAAACAGGAAACAAAAUCGUUUACUUUCCUUGUACAUGAACCAAUAAUUAUAAAAUACGUGGACGAAGAAGAGAAAGCCGUGAAGGAGUUGUUAAUGUAUUCCAGCGAGUGCUUGGAAGAUAUUUCGAAGUUAUAUAACAAGGCGAUGUCUCAAAAGGAAGUACUGGAAUGUUUGCGUAGAAGAAGCAAGAUCUAUGAAGGAAAACCGUUGCGAAUCGUCUUGAACCUUAAAGAAACUCUUAAAACACUGAAAGAUGAAACACCAUAUCCACCCAAAUCCGUUUCUCGUAUUUCUUCAUACAAAACCAAAAGCAAUAAUCAAUCUAAAUUUUCCGUAUGCAAAGUCAAUACAUUACCACAGAGUCAUUCUGCUAUUUUAGAUCAUCGUGAUGAUGUGCAACGUUCUAAAACCAGGGAACUUAAAAAGUUCAAGGUUUUCACUAAGCUGCAAAGUUGUAUUUCAAACAUUAAUAAAAGUCAAAAGAUAACAAACGAAAAAAAAGCUCACUCAUAUUUUGUACGAAAUGAAACUAGUUUGCUGAUUGCUCAGAAAACCGUAUCCCAAGAAAAUAGCCUCGAAACCAAGACACACAGGGCUGAUAGAAGAUGGUCGACUGUGACAAGAAAAAAUAUAGACGAGAUAAUCUCACAUGGUUUCAAGGAUCGUUUCCACUUCUAUGCAAAACUGGGUGGUCGUUUGAAAUCGGGAGUUGUGAUAUCGAAAAGUAAUAGUAAUUAUUGGUUGAGGAAAUGUGGAAUCAUUUAUGAUCAGGAAAGUCUGAAAGCAGCAGACGAAUGCUUUGCAGAAUUUGCCAGGAAGAAGAUAGUAUUGAAUAUAUGUGACUACAUGGACUACUUGAAAGCAUUAUCACGUCGUUAUCGAAUAUCUUUAGAGGAUCUUGUAGAACUCAUGGUUGGGGAGCCCUACGCUGUAUUGUCCAGAAAGAAAAGUGACUUUGGAUCUACUCAUUUGGCUUGUGGUGACGAAUCAUCCAUACUUUACUCUGUAAAAAACAAGAAAGAAAAUAAAGGAAGUAAAUGUCUCCAACCUGUGCAAAGCACUCCCAAGCCAUAAUUUACAGAAUAGCUACCAAAGUAUUGAUUUCGACCACAAAAUUAAACUAGAACUAAGAGUAUC